AAAAGAGAUUGUACCAGAUAUACCAGUUGUAUUGCAAGUUUCAGGGGAGGCUCGAAGCGGUGUUUGAUUCUGCAACGCCAGCUCUUGUGUCCCUCUUUUUAGCAUUCUCAGAAUGUUCGGAGGCUCGUCGAAGCUCGGCCGAGGCGGCGGCGCAGCCGGCCGAGGAGCCGGUGCCAAGCGCCUUCACUCCUCAUUCCCUCUUCCUCCAACCCUCCGCCCUUCUGGUCCAGUACCCCCGGGCCGACUUUCCCUCGGCGGCUCCGGCUCCGGCUCAGCUGCCAACCCCAGGAACCGAGGCUCCGGCCGAGCGGCGGCUCCAUCCGUUGAAGAGACUUUCAGUCUCGUGAGCGGCAAUAACCCCUUGGCGUUCUCCAUGAUCAUUCGGCUCGCUCCGGACCUGGUUGAUGAGAUCAAACGUGUGGAGGCUCAAGGUGGCACUGCGCGUAUUAAAUUCGAUUCAAUGGCUAAUAAUCCCAAUGGAAAUGUUAUUGAUGUUGGUGGGAAGGAGUUUAGGUUUACAUGGUCGCGUGAAUUUGGUGAUCUUUGUGAUAUAUAUGAAGAACGUCAAAGUGGUGAAGAUGGAAAUGGUUUGCUUGUUGAAUCAGGGUGUGCAUGGCGCAAGCUGAAUGUGCAGCGUGUCUUGGAUGAGUCAACUAAAAACCAUGUUAAAAUGCGCUCAGAGGAAGCUGAACGCAAGCACAAAUCACGCAAGGCCAUUGUUUUAGAACAUGGGAACCCAUCUAUGAAGCAUCAAAUAAAGCAAUUAGCUGCUGUUGAGACUACUCCAUGGAGGUCUUUUAAACAGAAGAAAGAUCCUCCAUUUAAGAAGCGUAAAGUUGAACUACCUCAAGGCGGCCCACCCAAAUCUACAUAUAAAUCUGGAAUAUCCUCAACCACUAUUGCCAAGGGUAGACAUUCAUCAUCUCCUAUUCCAUCUCCACCAGAGCAAUCUGGCCCAUCAGCAUCUCCACUAAGGACCGUAAAUGUCUCGAAGAUUCAUACAAGUACAGAAGAUAACGUGCCUACUCAGUUGGCUGGUAAAGAUAAAGCUACAGCUAGCAGUGAUAGAGAAAUCCUGAGCAGAACUACUGGCAUACGGGAGACUGUAGGGCGCAAAGGCAAUAUAGGAGCUAAACCUACAGAUUUGCAAAGUAUGUUGGUUACAUUGCUAAUGGAAAACCCCAAGGGGAUGAGCUUAAAGGCCUUGGAGAAAGCUAUUGGGGAUUCAAUUCCUAACUCUGUGAGGAAAAUUGAGCCAAUCAUAAAGAAAAUUGCAAUUUUCCAAGCUCCAGGAAGAUAUUUUUUGAAACCGGGAGUGGAGUCAGAAAGCUUUAAGAAACCUUCAUCUGAAGGUGGAAGUUCUCCAGAAGAAAACCUUAAUCAGACACAUAUUCUGGAAGACAAUCGUGAUCAUAUGCCUGCUCCAGAGCCACACUUCGAAGAGAAGGUCCCUUCUCAUGAAUUGGAGGAGCAGGGACAGUUGAACUCUGAACUUGGAGAAGAAUCAAAUGCAUUAGAAAAAAUUAAUAUCCAACAGCAUUCACCUGAUAUAUUUGGUGAAAAGAAAGGUUCUGACAAUAGUGAAGGGCAGGUAGGCAGUUCCAGUGAUAGUGGAAGUGACAGUGACAGUGAAAGUGACAGCAGCGACAGUGGAAGUGACAGUGGAAGCCCAAGUAGAAGCAGGAGCAGAAGUAGAAGUCCAGUGGGAAGCGGGAGUGGGAGUGAUAGUGAUAGUGACAGCGAUGCAUCUUCAAACAGCAAGGAGGGUUCUGAUGAGGAUGUCGAUAUUAUGACUAGUGAUGAUGACAAAGAACCCAAGCAUAAAGUGCAAGCCUCUGAACCAGGAUUCUCUAAGUCGCCCAUAACAAGCAGAACUCCCGAUGCUGGGCCUGUGGAUGGGGGUAAUGAUGAGAAACAAGAUGAUCAUGAAUUUGAUGUUGAGAUUGAAAAAGACGUGCCUGAUGCGCAUCAGGAAACUGGAAUGGCUGUGUUUGGUAGUUCUGCACCUAACAGAGAAAAUGAAAAGCCUGCAGAUGAAACAAAAACCUUUUCACCUGAUGGCAAUGAGCUCCAAAAGCGGCAAAAUUAUAUUGUAAGUUUAUUUGAUGAAGGGGCUGUUAAGGACAGCUCUAAGUAUGAACAAUCUGAUAGCACUGAGAGGAUAUCUAAAGGAAAGAACAAAAGGGGUUUGGAGGUAAAGCACUUGGAUGAGAAAUCUGAAUACACAAAGAGGUCAAAAACAGAUAUCUUACCUGAGCCUUCUAUUUCUGGGGGUAGGGACGUCUAUGUCCAGGAGAGUUCCCACAAGUUGUCUUCUGAUAGACUCAUGGAAGACCCUUAUAGGUCUCCCAACAAUCAAACGACAAAUGGAGCUGAUAGGGAUGGGAAUACUGAUAUCUCCUCACAAAAAGGAUACAACCAAGCAUUUUCUGGUAAAUCUAGUUCAGAUUUUCAGCAAUCAGGUAGAAGGUCAUUUAACAAAAGUGCUAAGGUAAAGGUUCCUGAUUCGUCAGAGAGACCAGAUAAUUAUCUUGAAAGCUUGGGACGUGCGCGGAAAUACUCUGAAAAGAGCUCUAAUGUAAAUGAAGGUGUUCCAGUACAAAAUUUUAAAUUUAACCGAGAUGCUCAAUAUGAGGAUGGUUAUGUUAAUGAGAAAAAGGUUAUGAGAAAUUCCAAGGAAAGCAGUGCCAGAAGCAAACAGUCAGUGCCCUCUGACUUGCAAAACAGGAAGCAUGGUGAAGUUGUUGGAAAAUUCAAGGAAGGUGGACAGAUUUCCAGCUCAGUAGGGGGUUCUUCUCCAAAGGAUAAUGGCAGAACUGGUGCAGAUAGGUCUCCUAUUGUUAAUGGAAGAAACAGUAAACUCCAAAGAGAAUAUUCAGACUUGGAGUUGGGAGAACUUCGUGAACCAUUGCCUGAGGAAGCACCAGUUAAAAAACAGCCUGAGAGAAGUUCAUUUAAACAGUCAGAGAACAGAUCGGGUGCUUCUGAUAACUGGAUUUCAGAUGUCAGUAAAGGAAAGCCUGCUGGAAAGUCAGUUUUAGGUACAGGAAAGCCAUGCUCACCAGAUCUAAGUACCAGGUUUCAAAACAAUGUUGAAGGCUCUAAUAAAAAGAGGAACCAUGAAGAUCGUGUUGAAGAUUUAACACGAUCUCAACAGAGAGCUGUACAAUCUCAGUCACAAUACCUUUCAAGAUCGGAUCAUGUUGAAAGUGGGCCUCAGUCUACUAAAUUGGCAGACACAAGUAUUAAACAAGGAACUAGUCUAGAAGGCUAUGGAGAAAGCAACAAGAAAGCACCUGUAAGCGCUCCUCAGCCGCAUGAUUCUAGACGAGGACUAGUUUCUCAGUCCAAGAAAGAAAGUAAAAGGCACACAUCGAAUUCAAUGACAGAGUUGCCUGAUGGACAAAAGGAGUUGACACUGGCAGAAGGGAAUAAUAGUGACCGAAAGAGAAGGGAUUCCUCUUCAGAUGAAAAUAGUUGUUCUUACACUAAAUAUGAAAAGGAUGAGCCAGAGCUUAAGGGCCCAAUAAAGGAUUUCUCUCAGUAUAAAGAAUAUGUGCAAGAGUAUCGUGAUAAGUAUGAUAGCUACUGUUCUUUGAACAAGAUUCUGGAGAGUUACAGGAAUGAAUUCCAAAAACUAGAAAAGGACCUCGAUUAUGCUAAAGGAAGGGAUAUGGAUAGAUAUUAUAACAUCAUGGAGCAACUGAAGGAAUCCUACCGGCAGUGUGGAACGAGACAUAAGAGGCUGAAAAAAAUAUUUGUGGUGCUUCACGAAGAACUGAAGCACCUUAAGCAGAGGAUAAAGGACUACGCACUUUCCUAUAUGAAAGAUUGAAGAGAGAACCUGAUGCUUCCUCAUAAACAGGAAACUGAAGACAGUUCCUUUACAAGUGAAGAUUAACAGGAAAAUAAUGGAAGAGCAAGCCAAACUGUUCCUAUAUUGAAAACUUCUGGAGUUGGAAAAUCGUUUUUCCACACCGCGGGGGUAUACGGUCUAAUAUGUAUAUUCAACUUUCUCUUUGUAUAUGUAUUGGUAACAGACAGGUCUGGCUUCUUGUUUUUGUUUAGCCUGGCCUGACCUUGUUUCUUGGGUUUCUUCUUAAUAUUAAAAUUUAUAAGUUUUCAUA